UACCAUAGUCCCAAACAGCCACACACUUACCAUAUAGCCCUUUAAAACGUACACCAAAGAAUGCUGAUGAGGCUAGCAAUUAUAUAUCCAUGUAUACAUUUCCUUUCUUCCUCCACCGCCAUUAGCCACUACAUUCAUAUAUAUCAAACACCAACUUCAGGAGUGCGGCCUCGAGCACCGGAAACUCUGAUCAUCAUCUAUCAAACCUUACGUACAUAUAGCUACAUACAACAUGGGGUCUUCGCUGAAAGACAGCCAUCAACCUUUGCUUCAAACCAACCGGCUGCCAUCUUUUUCAUCCAAAUCAUCCGACAUAGAGCAUGAUCAAUCAAGCGGCGAGCUUGAAAGGAUAUUGUCCGAUUCAAGCGUGCCCUUCUUUCAGCGUCUCCAGCCAGCUAUAUGGAUCGAGCUGAAGCUCCUCUUCUACCUUGCCGCUCCUGCUGUUAUCGUUUACAUGAUCAAUUAUCUAAUGUCCAUGUCCACCCAAAUCUUUGCCGGCCACCUUGGCAACCUUGAGCUUGCCGCCGCCUCUCUUGGCAACACUGGCAUCCAAGUCUUUGCAUACGGCCUCAUGUUAGGAAUGGGGAGUGCUGUGGAGACUCUCUGCGGACAAGCAUAUGGAGCCGGAAAGUACGACAUGCUAGGCAUGUAUAUGCAAAAAUCAAUCAUCCUCCUCACUUCAACGGGUGUCAUCCUCAGUAUCAUUUACAUAUUCUCCAAGCCCAUCUUAAUAUUUCUCGGAGAAUCACCCAGAAUUGCAUCUGCAGCCGCGGUUUUUGUCUACGGCCUAAUACCUCAAAUCUUCGCAUACGCGGCAAACUUCCCCAUCCAGAAAUUUCUGCAAGCUCAAAGUAUAGUAAUCCCUAGCGCAUAUAUAUCAACGGCGACGCUUGUCCUACACCUUGUGCUCAGCUGGCUAGCAGUGUACAAGAUGAGGCUUGGCCUUUUGGGUGCAUCAACGGUGCUGAGCUUGUCGUGGUGGAUUAUAGUGGUGGGACAAUUUGUGUAUAUAGUGAAGAGUGAGAGGUGCAAGUAUACGUGGAGAGGGUUCAAUCUGCAGGCGUUUACAGGCUUGACGGGAUUCUUCAGGUUAUCGGUGGCAUCGGCUGUGAUGCUAUGCCUGGAGACGUGGUAUUUUCAGAUUCUUGUUCUGCUUGCUGGAUUGCUAGAGAACCCCGAGUUGGCUUUGGACUCUCUAUCUAUUUGCACUACAAUCUCGGGAUGGGUCUUCAUGAUCUCCGUUGGGUUCAACGCUGCCGCAAGUGUGAGAGUGAGCAAUGAGCUUGGAGCAGGAAAUCCACAGUCAACGGCAUUUUCAGUGGUGGUGGUGACCUCGAUCACUUUCUUCAUCUCUGUGAUUGCGGCGCUAAUUGUGAUUGCUUUGCGCGAUGUCAUAAGCUAUGUCUUCACUGAAGGAGAAGUUGUAGCUGCUGCUGUGUCAGAUCUGUGCCCCCUUCUCUCCCUUACCCUCGUCCUCAACGGAAUUCAACCAGUCUUAUCUGGUGUGGCUGUUGGAUGUGGAUGGCAAGCUUUCGUUGCAUACGUAAAUAUUGCAUGCUAUUACGGGGUUGGAAUACCAUUGGGUUCGCUUUUCGGGUUUUACUUCAAAUUCGGUGCUAAGGGUAUAUGGUUGGGAAUGAUUGGUGGAACGGUGGCGCAAACGAUCAUUUUGAUGGUGGUAACGUUUCGGACGGACUGGAAUAAAGAGGUGGAAGAAGCUAGGAAAAGGUUGGACAAGUGGGAGGAUCAUAAGAUCAAGGACAAGAUGGAACCACACGUACUUAAUUUGAAGAAUUGAAUUACUU